AUGUGCAACGGCCGCUUUGUCUACAACCCGUUUGAGAAACUUUCAAUCUCCGAGGCUGACAAGGACAGUCUCCAAGAAUUCGGCUACAAUUUUGUCGAUCAGAAUGUUGAAAAGUACGAAGCGUUCAUUGCGAGAGUCGACCACAAAGUUGAUGAAAAGAAGUGGAAGCUGAUCAAACACAAAAGUGAUACUCGUGUGUACCUCGAACGCGAAUCGGUUCAUCAGACAUCCGAGAAUGGCGUCAAGAUGGACUACCCAGAGUUCUUGAUGACUGGUACUACUUGGGGAACAGUCGAUGACUGUAUGUUUGGGGCGGUCAAUCCGACACUCGAGACAAUGCGGAUCAAGGCUUCUUAUGUCGAGGACAUGAGUGGAGGGGCAGUAUUAGCUUCUAUCGAUGUGCCUACGAUCGAAGAGCCCUUCAAGUCCAUGACAGUCAAGUGGAUGGAGCUCGACCUUCCCUUUGCGUCGACAUCACUGGUGAAGAAUCGUGACUACGUUUACCUCGAGUGCACAAAGAUUGUUCGUUUGUCAACUGGUGAACGUGUAGGAAUCAUGACCUUCCACUCGGUGAAUUUUCCACAGGCAAAAGAGCUGCCUAGUCGUAUUCGAGCGAACAUAACAGUCUGUUGUAUCUUUCGACAAGUAAGUACUGACACUGUAGAGGUGUACGGAUCAGGCUAUAUAGAUCCCGGUGGUGACAUGAUCAAGGCAUUUGUGAUGUCUAGUAUUGCAACGGGAUACCUCACAACACUCCGGUACGCACAUUGCAGUAAUAUGAAGAAACUGGCGUGGAUGUUGGCAAAACGAUACGAGUUGGCGAAAGAGUUGGGCACCCCAAACCGACCAAAUAUUUGUGUCACUUGCACGAAUCCGAUUUCAAAAUUGCGAUUAGGCGAUUACAGCAAAAGCAGAAGCGGCACGUGCAAGUUGUGUGCAGGGUACGUGUGUCGGUCGUGCCGAUUUCAGUGCAAGUUGACUUUUAUCGGCUCCGAUCUACAGCUAGAACGGCGCAAUGUAUAUUUUUGUGGACUGUGUCUGCAAAAAGCUAGGAACAUGAGUCCAGUGGAAAUGGCGAGAGAAGAUGCCACAGGUUCUUGCAAAUACGGGGUGUCGUAUACAGGAACUGACUCGUCCUCUGCAAGCAUGACGUCUAUGAGCUAG